AUGAGGCUGGGUCGUGGUCCACAAGAUAUCCACAAUGUACAGGUAGAGGAAUUUGCUGACUGGCUGCUUCAAAUAGCUAACGGGUUAUUCAGAGACAGUAGUGAUGGCAAAUCAGUGAUUAGAAUACCAGACAACUUGCUAUUGGAUAUUGAGUUUCUGGUUCUCCACGAUUUGGUGUUGUAUAUUUAUCCUAACAUUUUACUCCGUACUUCUAGCAUGGAUUAUUUUAAGGACAGGAGUAUAUUGUCACCAACACUUGAUGUUAUGACUGAAGUUAAUAAUCAUGUGAUGUCUUUGAUCCCUAGCAAUGAAAAGGUUUACUUGAGCUCUGACACGCUGCUUAAUGAAGAUGGUCACUUAGAAUCUGAAUUAUACACAAUGAGUACAGAGUCGUUGAAUGCGUUGAAUUGUUCUGGAAUUCCUCAACACAGGUUAGUUCUUAAAAUUGGUGUUCUUGUCAUGCUUAUUCGCAAUAUUGACCAAUCUAAUGGACUAUGCCAUGGUCAUAAUAUUGGUGAAGUUGUCUUUAUUCCCAAGAUGAAUAUGGUCCCUAAUAAUGAAACAUUACCGAUCAGGUUUACCCGGAGACAGUUUCCGAUUAUGCUUUGCUUUGCAAUGACCAUAAACAAGUCCCAGGGACAAACACCGUCAACUGUUGGCGUGUAUCUUUCAAGACCUAUUUUCACUCAUGGUCAGCUUUAUGUUGCACUCUCUCGGGUCAACAGUUAUUCUGGUCUAAAGAUAUUAUUUGUUAGCUCUAAUGGCAUAGUCUCAAAUCAUACUAUUAAUGUUGUCUACAGAAAGGUUUUUGUCAACUUACUACAAUCCAUUCCGCCUUGA